AUGCGGCCGCAGCUGUUUCGUGCGGCCGCCCGGUCUCUCCGGGUGCCCCGAGCCCGGCCUUUCGCAACGACAGCCCCUCGCGCGGCCGAGGUGGAACUCACCAUUGAUGGCAAGAAGGUUUCGGUUGAAGCCGGGUCGGCUCUCAUCCAGGCAUGCGAACAAGCCGGUGCCACUGUCCCCAGAUAUUGUUACCAUGAAAAACUAUUGAUUGCAGGAAACUGCCGAAUGUGUCUUGUCGAAGUCGAGCGAGCCCCGAAGCCCGUGGCAUCAUGCGCCUGGCCGGUCCAACCCGGCAUGGUGGUGAAGACGAACUCGCCGCUGGUUCACAAGGCUAGGGAGGGUGUGAUGGAGUUCCUUCUCGCCAACCACCCUCUUGAUUGCCCUGUCUGCGAUCAAGGAGGAGAGUGUGAUCUCCAGGACCAGUCCAUGCGUUACGGUGCCGAUCGUGGCCGUUUCCACGAGGUCAGUGGUAAGCGCGCGGUAGAGGACAAGAACAUUGGUCCCCUGGUGAAAACUUCGAUGAACCGAUGCAUUCAAUGCACUCGCUGUGUUCGAUUUAUGAACGACGUUGCCGGUGCUCCUGAAUUGGGAACCAGCGGACGUGGAAACGAUAUGCAGAUUGGAACUUAUCUGGAGCAAAGCCUUGACUCGGAAUUGUCAGGAAACAUCAUCGAUCUCUGCCCCGUCGGUGCUCUGACAUCUAAGCCUUACGCUUUCCGUGCUCGCCCCUGGGAGCUAAAGCACACCGAAUCUAUCGACGUCCUGGACGCCCUUGGUUCUAACAUUCGGAUUGAUAGUCGCGGUAUGGAGGUGAUGCGAAUCAUCCCGAGACUGAACGAUGACAUCAACGAGGAAUGGAUUAAUGACAAAUCACGAUUUGCGUGCGAUGGACUGAAGACUCAGCGACUCACCACUCCUCUGAUUCGCCGCGAGGGCAAAUUUGUUCCUGCUACUUGGGAACAGGCCCUAGUAGAAAUCUCAUCGGCUCAACAGAAACUUCAGCUCCAGCCUAAUGAGUUCAAGGCUGUUGCUGGACACCUUGUCGACACCGAAUCACUUGUCGCGAUGAAAGACAUGGCUAACAAGUUGGGCUCCGACAACCUUGCCCUCGAUCAGCCUGGCGGCAGCGCCCCCAUUGCGCACGGUAUCGAUGUUCGCUCGAACUACCUAUUUAACUCGAAGAUUUAUGGUAUUGAGGAGGCUGAUGCCAUUCUGCUGGUCGCCACCAACCCCCGUCAUGAGGCUUCCGUUCUCAAUGCUCGGAUCCGUAAGCAGUAUUUGCGCUCGGAUCUGGAGGUUGGCCUCGUCGGCGAGGAGUUUGAAAGCACCUUCGACUAUAAUCACUUGGGUGCCGACCUGUCCGCUCUGAAGGCUGCACUGUCUGGUGAGUUUGGCAAGAAGCUUGGCUCUGCCAAACGACCCAUGAUUGUCGUUGGCAGUGCCGCUGUCGAGCACCCCGAUGCCAAGGCCAUCUUUGAGGCUGUAGGUAGCUUUGUUGAGAAGCAUACCGGUAGCUUCAACAACCCAGAAUGGCAAGGCUACAAUGUCCUGCAGCGCGCGGCGUCUCGCGCCGGAGCUUACGAAGUGGGCUUCACUGCCCCAUCCCUUGAGGUCGCCCAGACCACCCCGAAGAUGGUCUGGCUCUUGGGCGCCGACGAGAUUGCGCAAAGUGAAAUCCCUAAGGAUGCAUUUGUCAUCUACCAGGGUCACCACGGUGAUCGGGGUGCUCAGUUGGCAGACGUCGUCCUACCUGGUGCAGCCUACACCGAAAAGUCUGCCACCUAUGUCAACACCGAAGGCCGUGUGCAAGUAACCCGUGCGGCUACAUCAUUGCCCGGAGCCGCUCGCGACGAUUGGAAGAUUAUCCGCGCCACUAGCGAGUUCCUUGGUGUUCCGCUCCCCUACGAUGACAUUGAGGCUCUUCGUGACCGCAUGGAAGAGAUCAGCCCCGUGAUGCGCCGCUACGACGUUGUUGAACCCACCUCCGUCAGUGCCUUGAGCAAGGUACAGCUGGCUGAUCAGAACAAGGGUUCAUCAACCACCGGUGCUCCCUUCAAGAAGGUCAUUGAGGACUUCUUCUUCACUGACGCCAUCUCCCGAAGCUCACCUACCAUGGCCCGCUGUUCGGCUUCGAAGGCCACCGGUAACGCGGAAACCAACUUUAUGGCCGCAGGCGAAAUGUCUCCCCAGGCAUUGUACGGCUAA